UUCGCCGUCGACAACAGUAACGCAGUACAGCAAAAUAUUGUUUCCAGAUUAUUCCAAAGCAUACGAAAAUGCGUGAGUGUAUUUCCAUCCAUGUGGGUCAAGCCGGUGUCCAGAUUGGCAACGCCUGCUGGGAACUUUACUGCCUUGAGCAUGGGAUUCAGCCGGAUGGACAGAUGCCCAGUGAUAAGACUAUUGGUGGAGGGGAUGACUCCUUCAACACUUUUUUCAGUGAGACAGGAGCUGGCAAGCAUGUUCCCAGGGCAGUGUUUGUAGAUCUGGAGCCCACUGUGAUUGAUGAGGUUCGCACCGGAACUUACCGUCAGCUUUUCCACCCUGAGCAGCUGAUCACCGGAAAGGAGGAUGCAGCUAACAACUACGCUCGUGGCCAUUACACUAUUGGCAAAGAGAUCAUUGAUCUGGUUCUUGACAGGGUUCGCAAACUGGCUGACCAGUGCACUGGACUUCAGGGCUUCUUGGUGUUCCACAGCUUUGGAGGAGGAACUGGUUCUGGUUUCACCUCUUUACUGAUGGAGCGCCUUUCUGUUGAUUAUGGAAAGAAGUCCAAGCUUGAGUUCUCCAUCUACCCAGCUCCACAGGUGUCUACUGCUGUGGUGGAGCCCUACAACUCCAUUCUUACCACCCACACCACCCUCGAGCACUCAGAUUGUGCUUUCAUGGUUGACAAUGAGGCCAUCUAUGACAUCUGCCGUAGAAACCUUGAUAUCGAGCGUCCCACUUACACCAACCUUAACAGGCUGAUCAGCCAGAUCGUGUCCUCCAUUACUGCCUCCCUACGGUUCGACGGUGCCCUGAAUGUUGACUUAACUGAGUUUCAGACCAACUUGGUGCCGUAUCCACGUAUCCAUUUUCCUUUAGCAACUUAUGCUCCUGUGAUCUCUGCUGAGAAAGCUUACCAUGAGCAGCUCUCAGUGUCUGAGAUCACUAAUGCUUGCUUUGAGCCGUCUAAUCAGAUGGUCAAAUGUGACCCACGUCACGGCAAGUACAUGGCUUGCUGUCUGUUGUACCGUGGUGAUGUUGUACCUAAAGAUGUAAAUGCUGCUAUUGCCACCAUAAAGACCAAGCGCUCCAUCCAGUUUGUGGACUGGUGUCCAACUGGUUUCAAGGUUGGUAUCAACUACCAGCCCCCUACCGUUGUACCUGGAGGUGAUUUGGCUAAGGUGCAGCGAGCGGUGUGCAUGCUAAGCAACACCACUGCUAUUGCGGAGGCUUGGGCCAGGCUUGAUCAUAAGUUCGAUCUGAUGUACGCUAAGCGUGCCUUUGUGCACUGGUACGUAGGUGAAGGUAUGGAGGAGGGAGAGUUCUCUGAGGCUAGAGAAGACAUGGCAGCCCUGGAGAAAGAUUAUGAGGAGGUGGGUGUAGAUUCAGUCGAGGGAGAAGGAGAAGAGGAGGGAGAGGAGUAUUAAGAUAAUUUUUUCUUCUCCAGGUCAGUUACAGCUUUGCAUCAUUAAUCAGUUUUAGUCAGAAAUGUAAACGAAAUGAGGCGUUAAAGGUGACAAGUGACGUGUCAAGUGAGUAUUCAGUUUGUAAAAAAUAUGUAGUAAACAUUUGUUCUUUAGAUCAUGUCAAUCACAUAUUUAAUGCUGUAGGCAACUGAGAUUGAG